AUGCCGCCUUUGAACAGUCGUGCGACGCGCGACUUGGUGAAGCGGCGCAAUGUGAUUCCAGGCCCCCGCUCGCUGCACCGCGGCAUUCACUUUCACGAGAACGAGAAGUUUGUCGGAGCGUACAAGCAGAACCUGAAAGCCGCACGGCGGGAUCACCGCGACCUUCUCGUCCACCACCAGAAAAUCAAUGAGGAGCUUCAGGACGUUUACUCCCGCACCGCCGCCCUGCAUGCCGAGAACGCCACAAUGGAGGAGCGCAUUGAGGAGUCGUGGCGACAGUUUGAGCGUAUUGGCGGGAAAAGACCAGCGAGCGCCGCACCCGCCUCUUCGCGCAACAGCAGCACUACCACCGCCCCACCCCGCAUGUAUGACCACCUUCGGAACAACAAGUCAGGUGUGGGGUUUGCGGACCGUCUGCAGCAGGCCUCGCAGGAGAAGAAGGACCUUCGGGAGCGGUCAUGGUGGGAGCGUGAGACCCGCGGCGAGGCCGUUGACUACUCCAAAGGCAGCGCGCUUCAUGCGGCGAAGGACAAGCGCAUCGCCCUCUUCCAGCGCCGUCAACUGAAGCGUGAACACCUCCUGCGGCGCAUGGGUGAUCCGACGCCGCUGAAGCAGUCGGGCCGCUACGACAUGAAUAGUGGAACACUGCGAGUCUUUAACAAGACAAUACGCAAGGUACAGCGGGACGUGCAGCACGACGAGCGAACGCAGCAGGUGAAGGAGCGCAGGAAGGGGUCACGCAGCAUGUGGGACAUGCGCGAGGGCGAUACGAAUCCCAAUCGCCCGUCGCAGGGCAUUGUGCGCUACACGCGAGAGUUCGAACUUGGCCCGCGGCAGCGCGGUAAAAAGGGCAGGCGCGGCAACUGA